CAUCACAUAAUAUAUAUCCUUUGACUUAUGCGUUAUUCAUUAUUCCUUGUCCAGCGAACCUACGGCUAAGUUGUGUAUUCCGUUAUUGAACUGCGUUUUCUUGAAUACUUUCCAUACCGUCAUGGUAAACAUCGCCAAGCCGAGCGAUGUGUUAUCUGAAAUCGACCCUCUUCUUAGACCUAGAAAAAAAUUAUCAUUUAAGAAGAAAUCGGCAAUCGUUUUGUUUAUCGUGUUUAUGAUAUUGGCCACAGUUUUUAUAAUAUCGUGUAUCAUAUUCAAACCCCCACUAAUAAAAAAAAAACCGCAUGUUGUUAGUUUGGCUACUACCAACGACGAUUUCUUCGUCAAAUGUGCGCCGCUGGUGUCGUGUGAUCCGUCUUCGGUGUACAGAAGUAUAAACGGAUCGUGUAAUAACUUGCAAAAUCCAGCUUGGGGCGCGUCGUUCACGCCAUUUUAUCGAUUAAUCGAUGCUGAAUUCGACGACGGCCAUAAGUCUUUUCGACUACAAUCAAACGGCGAACCGUUGCCGAAUGCAAGAAUACUUACAAUCACGUUAUUCGCCGACAAAUACCGACAAUGCAGUCAUAAGAACAAUGAGCUAUUAGUGCCGUGGGGUCAGUUCAUAACUCAUGACAUAGCGUACUCGCCUGUCAACAGCGUCGACUCGUCCUUUCCAGAUACACUAGACCAUUGUGACGACGAACCGGCACCAGAGGAGUGCACUGCGGCUAUUCGAUUAGACCCCCACGAUCCGGUUUAUGGAAAGUAUAAAUUACCACUUUUGAAAUUCAUGAGGUCCGUAACUUCGGAUAAUUUUAGUUGCCCUCUUGUACCGACUACUGUGCUUAAUCAAAACACUCAUUACAUCGACGCUUCGAACGUGUACGGGUCCGAUGAAAAAUUGGCUUCGAACUUGCGGCUUUACGACGGGGGUCAGUUACGGUUCAGUGUCGUAGGCAAAGAACAGUAUUGUCCUUUCGAUACUUCAAUCCAAGUUACUAACGCGACGGAAAAAUCAACGCCUAUUGCGUUCCUAGCAGGCGACGGCAACGUCAAUCAAAACUUAGCAAUAGCGCUAUUUCAGAAUCUGUUUUUGAGAUUUCAUAAUUACUUGGCUAACAAGUUGCAAUCUCAACACCCAUCGUGGUCGGACGAAAAGGUCUACCAAGAGUCUCGUAGGAUCGUCGGGGCCGUUAACCAGAUUAUAACAUACGAUCACUUUUUGCCUAUACUCUUGGGCAAAGAUUACAUCGAUCGGUAUGGUAUCAAUGGCAAAACAAAAUACGAUUCUACGCUAUCUGCAACUAUGUCACAAGAAAUGACCAGCAGCGCAUUCCGUUUAAUUCACAAUAUAAUUCCAGCCAAAUACAAUUUCAUAGACAGUAACUAUACUAUGUACGAAGAAGAAGAGCCAAGUAAAUUAUUUUUAAAACCCGAUUCGCUAAUCGGUAAUGUCGAUGGAAUAUUAAGAGGUUUCGUGGAAACACCAGGACGUGCACCACGUGCAUCGUAUAAUAGAUUGAUCGCAAACAUUGUUGUUACUGCUCCGGCCAAAAAUAUUGUUACCGGUUUCGACUUAUUGUCUUACGACAUCCAACGAGGGCGUGACAACGGACUUCCACCAUACAACAAAAUGAGAAAACUAUGCGGACUUCGAAAAGUUAAUUCUUUUGACGCUUUAUCGGAUUACAUAACAGAAGAGAACAUUGAAAAGUUGAAAUCUAUGUACUCGUCUGUGGAUGACAUUGACUACCACGUGGGGAUAUUGCUAGAGAAACCGUUAAACGAUUCUAUGGUCGGUCCAUCGGCCGCUUGUGUGAUCGCCGAUACAUUUUAUCGACUCAAGAACGGCGACCGUUUCUUCUACGACGUCGAAAAUCAACCAGGCAGUUUUACUUCUGAUCAAAUAAAAUCGUUGAAGAACAUUACAUUAAGUCACGUGAUUUGCGCUACGUCAAACUUGGAACAAAUGCAAAAAGAAACGUUCAGUUUGGUCGAUCACGUACGAAUAAUGAGUUUAAAGCCAAGCUGUAAAAACUACAACAUUGACUUAUCGCCGUGGUGACGUUUGAAAAUUUUACAAAUGACGUUGUAUUUUUUUACGUUAUGUUUUGAUGCUGUACAUACACCUGGUUCCUACUGCUACUAUUGAUCAUUUAAAUGUUUAAUUGGUGUUAUGUAUGAUGAAAAUUAUUGUUGAAUUUUUCAAACAGAAGUUUUUUACUUAUUUAAAGUAUAUUAUAUUUUUUUUAUUUUAUCGUUA